AUGGAAGGGGGGUUCAGACGAGAUGGGAAUGGAGAACUGGGCAAGGAGGAUGAGGGAGGGCGUGGAAAACAGUGGGUGAGGAAGGGCGAGAAAGGGAGGGUAAAGAGCAGAGACAAUAAAGGGGAUAUGAAUGUGCAGGAGGACGAGGAAGGUGAGGAGUGGGACGAGGAGGAGGGGGAUGAGAAGGAGGAGGGCAGGAGUUUAGAUGAGGCUGAAGAGGAGACGGAUGGGGAGAACAAACAGCCCCACGUCUCUGAUGACUUAGAGCUCGUUCCGAGCCACGGCCAGGCCCGGGUGAGAAGGAGAUUGGCAGGAAUACACCAUACCAGCGCCAGGCUUGCAGACUGUGUGCCGUGCACGAGCGAUGAUGAUGUAGAGAAGACGAAUCUCCAGGGAUUACAGUCAGGACAGGGUGGCGAGGGGGACGAGAAUGCAGGACGAGGGAAUUCCGGGCUUGAGUUGGAGGGGUCGAGGAAGCUUCUGCAGGAAUCUGCGCCGUGCUGUGACCCGCUGGUGCUGAAGCUUAGGGUGCAGACAGCGGACCUGGAGAGGCGUAUGGGGCAGAUUGCAGAGAAACAGGCGGAGAGCAAGAGGGUGAGCCGAGAGAAAUACGUGCUGAAUAAGAAGCUGAGCAGAGCUGAUGCCAACUGGGAAGCACUGUUUCUAUCCAACCAGUCCAUGCACGAGGCGCAGAUGACAGUGCAGCGGUGCAACGGACACGGCAUUGUGGCACAGCAGGGGACACUGGUGUGGAAGGGCUACACGUGUGAUGCAGCAGACGAGGCUCUCAGGCAAUACACGACAUAUGACGCCAGUGGGGCGUGCCCAGACGACUGGUUUGCCACCCAGUCCCUCAUUUUCCACCACCGCUGCUUCUCCCUGCCUCAACGCCGCUGCCGCGCACGCACCACCAACCAAACCAUCAAUCCCCUGCCCUUCCCCCAGGCGCUCUUCAAUCUGAGCGCGCUGAUAGACACAGCCCUCGUGUGGGACCACCACGCCUGCUCCUCCUUCGCGUGCCUCAACGCCCGUGUUCCCCUGCCCUUCCCCCAGGCGCUCUUCAAUCUGAGCGCGCUGAUAGACACAGCUCUGGUGUGGGACCACCACGCCUGCUCCUCCUUCGCGUGCCUCAACGCCCGCGUUGUGGGGGACUGCCGCCUCUGCUUCAACCUCACUCUUUGCUUCUCCCUCUGUCCUAAUUCUUUCAAUCCAGCUCCUUUCUCUCCUGCUGUCCUCCCUCCAUCGGGGUUCCUGUUUCCGUCUUCUUUCCCCUACCCCCAGCCCCUGCCCUUCCCCCAGGCGCUCUUCAAUCUGAGUGCAUUGAUAGACAGGGCUCUAGUGUGGGACCACCACGCCUGCUCCUCCUUCGCCUGCCUCAACGCCCGUGUGGUGGGGGACUGCCGCCUCUGCUUCAACCUCACUCUCGAGAGGAACCGCUGGCGUGUGCGAUACAGGGGGUCGCUGACUAUAGCGGAUGUGCUCAAAAUGAAGCAGGGAAGCAUCAGGCUCGGUCUGGAUAUAGGAGGCGGCACGGGCAGCUUUGCAGCGCACAUGGCUCUGUACAAUGUGACCAUCCUCACCACGGCCAUGAAUGUGGAGACAGUGGUGGGGCGCAAGCAGGGAUUGCCCUACAUGGAGGCCAUAGCGUUGAGGGGGCUCAUUCCCCUGCAUCUGCCACACAAGGCCCGUCUGCCAUUCUUUGACGGAUCAUUGGACAUCAUUCACAGCGUCAACAGCGUAAAAUACCUGCCCAUGUUGGAGUUUGAAGAGAUGCUCUUCGACUGGGACCGCGUAUUGAGAGUCGGUGCUGUGAUCUGGCUGGAGAUGUUCUACGCCCCAUUGGAUGAGUUCCCAGUGUAUGUCACCAUCCUCAAUCUCCUCAGCUACAGCCGCCUGCACUGGCGUGUCCUGUCUAAGCCACCGGCCUCUUGUGCACCAACCCUUCGUGUGCUGAAACUAACCACACUCCCCGUACCCUCCCCUACCCUCCCCUGCCCUCUCCUUCCCUCCCCUGCCCUCUCCUUCCCUCCCCUGCCCUCUCCUUCCCUCCCCUGCCCUCUCCUUCCCUCCCCUGCCCUCUCCUUCCCUCCCCUGCCCUCUCCUUCCCUCCCCUGCCCUCUCCUUCCCUCCCCUGCCCUCUCCUUCCCUCCCCUGCCCUCUCCUUCCCUCCCCUGCCCUCCCCUGCCUUCAGGCGGUGUCAUAUGGCUGGAGAUGUUCUAUGCCCCCCUUGACGAGUUCCCAGUGUACGUUGCCAUCCUGAAUCUCCUCAGCUACAAUCGCCUACACUGGCGCGUGCUGCCCAAGCCGGACCCGGGGGAACGCAAGGGGCCCCACGUGUACCUGAAUUGCCUUCUGGAGAAACCAGUUCGGAGAGAGGAAGGGUGGGGGGGAGCUGGGAGGAGGAGAGAGGAGGGGGGAGGGGAGGAGGGAAGGAGGGGAGAAUUUGGGGGUGGGGAGGCAGGGAGGAGGAGAGAGGAGGCGGGAGGGGAGGAGGGGAGGAGGGGAGCAGCUGGGGGUGGGGAGGAAGGGGGGAGGAGAGAGGAAGUGGGAGGGGAGGAUGGAGUGGGGAGAGCGGGGGUGAAAAGGGAGGAAGGAAGGAGAAAAGAGGAGGGGAGAGGGGAGGAAACCAGUAGCAGGGCAGAGGGUGAAGUUAAGGGAGGAAGGAGGAGCGAAGAGGCAAGGCAAAUGGAAGGAAGCAGAAAAGAGGGGGGGGAGGAGGAAGGAAAGCGAGAAGAAUGGAAUGAGGCAGAGAGAGAGCCGGAGAAGAGUAAGGAGGGGGCGCAGGUUGAACUGAAGAGCCGGAAAGGAAGUGAAAGGGAGGAAGGGAGGAGAGAGGAAGCCUGGAUAGAAGAGUGGGGCCAACAGGAGGGAACGAGCACAGAGCAAUUUGCGAGAGAGUGGUAUAGAGAGGAAGGGGGCAGUGGGGAGGUUGGUGUUAGCAGGGAGGGCAAGAGAAGGACUGCGGAAGAAAAGGCCGAACGUCAACGCUUGUCAGCGAGGGUGCAGGAGAGGAGGGAGAGGAAGGCGUGGUGGCGAUUGUUCGGAAGGUGA